AGUACGACAGCUGGUUCUACCCUAAAGGUCCCCACCAAGGUGUUCUCACCUGGACGCCAAUGCCAGACAUUGCACCUCAUGGCUUCCAGUAUGUUUUCAACAAAACCCAGUGGCCCGUUGCAGCACAUAACCGAUGGUGGUCCCCCUGACACCAUAUGCCAAGCAAAAUGGCGGGAAGUUUGACUUCAUCGUCGAGAAGGAAUAUGCCAUGCCACAGGAUCUGUCUUUCUGGCUGUACCUGUUUGAACAAGCGAAAACCUGGGGCCUGAUAGUCUACGAGCAGGACUGGCUGGACACUGAGUUUACCGACGUGCACGCCUCGGUGGCGAGUGUGGACGUGGCCAGGACGUGGCUGAUGCAGAUGGGGGAGGCAGCGCGUGCUGUGGACGUCACCAUCCAGUACUGCUCAGCCAGCCCCCGCCACGCGCUGCAGGCCCUGGAGAUCCCUGUCGUCACGCAGGCACGCGCAAGCCGAGACUAUCGGGCCGGAAGUGACCAGUGGAUGAUUGGCGUGACCUCCAUCUUUGCUGACGCUGUGGGAAUCGCUCCAUUUAAGGAUACCUUCUGGACUGAGAGAGUUCAGCCGGGAAAUCGUUAUAAUUUGUCCGAGACUAGAACAAACCUCCAGGUGGCUGUGUCUACCCUCAGUACCGGACCUGUGGGACCAAGUGACAUGAUUAACCACACGGACAUAUACGUGCUUAUGCAGUGCUGUCGCGCUGACGGGAAAAUCCUACAGCCUGACAAACCAGCCACGGCCAUCGACAAGCAGCUGUGGCAGGCGGCGUGGCCCGGAAGUGGACCUGUGGGACAGGUGUGGACCACCUACACCACCAUCGGCUCGGACACCUUCGCCUAUCCUGGCAGCAGCCAUGAACUCGUCCUUUGACCUUUCCCCUUCGGAUGCAGGCUUCAGCUUUUUUGAUCCAAGGGCGGUAAUCGCCCGCAGUCCGCUCUACGCUCGCCCUGUGUUAUCUCCCUUCUCCACCGAGUCGCCCUUGAAGAUCAGUGAGCAGUGUACAGGCGACACCUUUUGUUUGUACUCCACCAGCCCCGUGUACUAUGUCGGGGGGUCGAAUGAAGUCGUCAUCUACGGCGAAGAGGGCAAGUUCGUGCCCAUGUCACGUGACCGCGUGCUGGACAUCAACGUGCUGUCCGACAGCAUCGAGCUGGUGCUGGAGGGGUCCGUAAGGGAGGACCUGGGCUUCAGUUAUUUUUGGAACAACGUCUUCUGCACGGUGUUUCCCACCGUCCGGACCGGAGGGGACAGUUGUCGCAAAGCUGACGUCACAUACCUGUCUUGACCUGUAAAGAUGGGGGCCUACCCGUAUAGAGCCUGAGGCUUUGGGUGCGACAAAAUCAAGCAUCGAGUAUAAAUGUUGCUUAGACUCAUGAGAGUUCUUCGUUUCCAGUCAGCCUAAAGUGUAUAAUUAAUGUGUAUGUGUACACCUAUAUCACGUGAGCAAAUAACUGUUGUGUACACAGAAUAAAGUGGAGUUUGGAGACUGGAUUUGUAUCGUGAGUUCAUUCCGACAUAAUCUGUUAUCCUGCGACCAUUAAAACGGGACCUGUGAAGAUACGGCAAAUAAAGUAUGAUGAAAGUAAAAACACGACAUGUCAUACCUCAA